GGGACGGGGCGGAGAGCGGAGACGCGCGGAGGGACGAGGACGGAUCACAGCUCCAGCGUUGUGCAGCUUUCCCGUGGGCGACCGCAGCAGUAGCAAGAUGCCUCUGGGUGAGGAUGGAAACGCCUGGAAGAAGAAAACGUCCGACAUUAAAGAAAUGUACGACUUCAAGGAAGUUCUGGGCACGGGAGCGUUCUCCGAGGUCGUCCUGGCGGAGGAGAAGCGAACCCAGAAGCUGGUUGCCAUCAAGUGCAUCCCCAAGAAGGCGCUGGAGGGGAAGGAGAACAGCAUCGAGAACGAGAUCGCCGUCCUCCACAAAAUAAAACACGCCAACAUCGUUUCCCUGGAGGACAUCUACGAGAGCAAGUCGCACCUCUACCUUGUCAUGCAGCUGGUGUCUGGCGGGGAGCUCUUCGACAGGAUAGUGGAGAAAGGCUUCUACACGGAGAAGGAUGCCAGCAAGCUGAUCCAGCAGAUCCUGGACGCUGUCAAGUACCUCCAUGACAUGGGCAUCGUCCACCGGGACCUUAAGCCGGAGAACCUGCUCUACUACAGCAUGGAGGAGGACUCCAAGAUCAUGAUCAGCGACUUUGGCCUGUCCAAGAUCGAGGGCUCCGGCAGCGUCAUGUCGACCGCUUGCGGAACCCCCGGAUACGUGGCUCCUGAGGUCCUGGCCCAGAAGCCGUACAGCAAGGCGGUGGAUUGCUGGUCCAUAGGAGUCAUCGCCUACAUCCUCUUAUGCGGCUACCCCCCCUUCUACGACGAGAACGACGCCAAGCUCUUCGAGCAGAUUCUGAAAGCGGAGUACGAGUUUGACUCUCCAUACUGGGACGACAUCUCCGACUCAGCCAAAGACUUCAUCGUGCACUUGAUGGAGAAGGACCCCAGGAAGCGCUACACGUGCGAACAGGCCCUGCAGCACCCUUGGAUCGCUGGAGACACGGCUCUGGACAAGAACAUCCACGAGUCUGUUAGUGCCCAGAUCAGGAAGAAUUUCGCUAAGAGCAAGUGGAAGCAAGCGUUCAACGCCACCGCGGUGGUCAGGCACAUGAGGAGGCUACAGCUGGGCACGAGCCAAGAGGGCCCCGGUCAGACCACGCCCACCAGCCCGUGCCACGGCGAUCUGCUGCUCCCCGAGGGCCACGAGAACAGCGCCGCAGGGUGCGACGGCGGCUGCGGCAAGAGCGCCGACGGGAGCUCCGGCCUGCAGAACUGCACGUACCGCUGCCACCCCGCGAGCCGUGUGUGAGGGAGAGGGCGCGCGCCGCCGCGGCUGUCCGUUUCGCUGGAGCGCAGAACCCCAGUCUGGCCAGGAAUACAGAGCUAUUCCAGCUGCCCCCACCAGGGAGCGCUGCUGUGUAAAGAUUCCAGGGUGGGGUGGGACACUAUGCCAUUGGAGGGAGUCGCUAGGUGAGCGUGACGCUGAGGGGAGUGGCGAGCGGUGCCCCAGGUGUAUUAUGGGUAAUAUUGCAUCCGUCAACGCAUGGAUAGGUUUUUUUUUCCUUUUUUUUUUUUUUACUUUUUAUUUCUUUUUGUUUUAUUUUUGAUGCAUGUCUGCUUGUAUUUUAAUGUGUAUGUUUUUAAUCCUAUUUCCCCACCCACUGUGGGGAAAAGUAGCAAGAACAUGAUAUUACUAGACUUACCGAGUUUCUCGUCAGGUUUACCUAGUUGGAGUGUAAAUUUACACCGACGACCACUUGCGUUUCCCCCGUCGGGUGAAUAACAUGGACUCCUUUUUAAGUGGGUGCGCAAUUUUGAGAGGGAAUUUCUCUGCCGUCAACGUCUCCCCUACGUUGUGCGAUGAAAAGCGUCGAGUCCGCGUUUGUAGCUCGUUGAAACGCCUCGAGUCGCGUUCGCCGUUAAACAGGCAGCGAAGCGCCACUAGGUGUACUCGCUGUGUAUGAGUUAUUGUUCAGUGCCUUGGGGAAUACAGUAUCAACGUGUUUUUUUUUUUUUUAAAUUCAGUACGUUUUCUGUCUCUCUUCAUACCCAUAUGAGAUUAAGUUCCUCAUUUUUAUUGUGUUUCACAUCACAUAAGAGAGGAGGACUCCCGAAGAGUAUUUUUACUGGUAAAAGCAGCAGUUCAGACAUUUUUCUCUUUUUGUUUCUUAACCCAGAACUGUUUUACAGCCCCCCCCCCAUUGUAUCGUCAGAUUCCUGCAUUUUUCCUCCGAGAUUCACUGUACAUUACAGCUCCUUUUAAUAGUUACUAUAAUGACCUGUGACCCCUCCUCCAGGCCAUACAGUAUACUGCUUUGUACGAGAUCUUCAAGUUGUGUCGAUUCGUUACUGUUUAUGACUAGAGACAAGUGGGUCUGCUUGUGAGGAACGUCACUAUUUCUUUGGAGCUAAAAUAUAGCACGUGAGCAUUUUUUGAACGGUACGUUACAGAUCGGCAGCAAACCUUGACUAUUUCUUCAGCUCCAUCAUCUUUCAACAUGAAGCCCAAUAUUUUCUUCUCUUCAUGAAUUCUAUAUGUUCUAAAAUCUCACUAAUCCGUGUGCGUUAACUUUAAGGAAAAACUUUCGGUGACUUUGCUUCCAUUAGAACUGAUGAUUUUCCUUUUGCGCCGCUGCAUCUGUACAGAAUGACUUGAAUUAAAGAAUGUAACUGAA